AUGAAUUCAAAGGUAGCGAAGUCUGUUUAUGGUGUAGGUGCCUGGAAGAUAAAGGUUGAUGAUAGAGGCUAUGUCGAUGGUGAUUUCCUGGUUAUGAAGGGUAAAGGGGGCGAAGAAAGAAGAAUAGGGAGCACCUCCACCGAUUUGGUGGUUCAUCGUAUUAGUGGAGUGGCUGGGGCUAUUCUGGAAACCUCUUCACCACUUCAUUUUCUUGUUCCAGUUACUGUCAAUGAAGGGGGGGAGGAAGGCAGAAAGAAAAUGACAACAGGGGGUGUUUGGGUUGCUUGGUGUGUCGUAAAACAGAGGGAGAAAACGGAGGGGGCUGCUGCCCUUGGCUCGUCGGAAACCACCAGCAAACACCUCUGGUGGGGGUGUUUUUCUUGCACCUCGAAGAUAGGAGAAAAAGAAGGGAGUGUGAGAGGAAAUGGAAGAAUGAAAAAUUGUAUUUAUCUGUGA